AAUCAGUGGGCCAGCCGACGAGCCCGCAUUCUCGCGAGAUCUGAAAGCCGGCGGUGGCGGCGUCUGUGUUGGGGACGGCAUUGGUUCCUGGUUGGUGGCGAGGAGGGUGAGAAGCGGCUGCAAGCUGAGAGGACGCGGAGGGAAGGCAGCCCUCUGCCCCUCGCGCGCGCUAGCUUUCUCUCCCCCUCCUCUCCUCCCCUUUGACUGUCUUCCCCUUCCCUUUUAUCGACUCCUGAGCCUGGCUGUCCGCUCCGGGCGACAGGCAUCCAGCCACGAAGUGAGCAGCCGGCCCGGCGGGCCCCGUGAGGAGGAGGAGAAAAAGGAGGAGGAGGAGAGUCUCAUCCCAGUGUCUUCUCGCCCCGAGUGUGCCCGGCCGCGCCGCAGGCAUGUCGUCCGCGGCCGAGCCGCCGCCACCCCCGCUGCCGCCGACCGCGGAGACCGUACCUCCCACCCCGGCCAUGCCCGCCACCGGCAGCGGCGGCGGCAACCACAACAAAAGCGGCGUGGAGAGCGCCCCGGCCCCAGCCGUACCCCCUUUGGGCGACGCGGAGAUGGAGGAUGUAUUUGAUGAUGCAUCACCAGGGAAGCAAAAAGAAAUACAAGAACCAGAUCCUACAUAUGAAGAAAAAAUGCAAACUGAUCGAGCAAACAGAUUUGAGUAUCUGUUAAAGCAGACAGAGUUGUUUGCACAUUUCAUUCAGCCUGCUGCUCAGAAGACUCCGACUUCACCAUUGAAGAUGAAACCAGGACGUCCAAGAAUAAAAAAAGACGAAAAGCAGAAUUUGCUGUCAGUUGGCGAUUAUAGACAUCGUCGAACAGAGCAGGAGGAAGAUGAAGAGCUGUUAACAGAAAGCUCCAAGGCCACCAAUGUGUGCACUCGGUUUGAGGACUCCCCAUCAUAUGUAAAAUGGGGUAAACUGAGAGAUUAUCAAGUUCGAGGAUUAAAUUGGUUAAUAUCUUUGUAUGAGAAUGGAAUCAAUGGAAUCCUUGCAGAUGAAAUGGGUCUGGGAAAGACACUUCAAACAAUAUCUCUUCUUGGAUAUAUGAAACACUAUAGAAAUAUUCCUGGUCCUCAUAUGGUAUUGGUUCCAAAGUCUACUUUGCAUAACUGGAUGAAUGAAUUCAAGAGAUGGGUACCUACACUUAGAUCAGUUUGUUUGAUAGGUGAUAAAGAACAAAGAGCUGCCUUUGUCAGAGAUGUAUUAUUACCAGGAGAGUGGGAUGUAUGUGUAACAUCAUAUGAGAUGCUUAUUAAAGAGAAAUCUGUUUUCAAAAAGUUUAAUUGGAGGUAUUUAGUCAUUGAUGAAGCUCACAGAAUCAAAAAUGAAAAAUCCAAGUUGUCAGAAAUAGUUAGAGAAUUCAAGACUACAAAUCGAUUACUGCUAACAGGAACACCUCUUCAGAACAACUUGCAUGAACUCUGGGCACUUCUCAACUUUUUAUUGCCGGAUGUUUUUAACUCAGCUGAUGACUUUGAUUCAUGGUUUGAUACGAAUAACUGCCUUGGGGAUCAAAAGCUAGUUGAACGUCUUCAUAUGGUUUUACGCCCAUUCCUUCUUCGUAGAAUUAAGGCUGAUGUUGAGAAGAGUUUACCUCCAAAGAAGGAAGUUAAAAUUUAUGUUGGUCUCAGCAAAAUGCAAAGAGAAUGGUAUACACGGAUACUAAUGAAGGACAUAGACAUAUUAAACUCUGCAGGGAAAAUGGACAAAAUGAGACUGUUGAAUAUUCUAAUGCAAUUGAGGAAAUGUUGUAAUCAUCCGUAUCUCUUUGAUGGAGCUGAACCUGGGCCACCUUACACAACAGAUAUGCAUCUGGUUACCAAUAGUGGCAAAAUGGUUGUCCUAGAUAAACUUCUUCCCAAGUUAAAAGAGCAAGAUUCAAGAGUUCUAAUCUUCAGUCAGAUGACAAGAGUAUUAGACAUUUUGGAAGAUUACUGCAUGUGGAGAAAUUAUGAAUAUUGCAGGUUGGAUGGACAGACUCCUCAUGAUGAGAGACAAGAUUCCAUCAAUGCAUACAACGAGCCAAACAGCUCCAAGUUUGUUUUUAUGUUAAGUACACGUGCUGGUGGUCUUGGAAUAAAUCUUGCUACUGCUGAUGUUGUGAUCUUAUAUGAUUCAGACUGGAAUCCACAAGUUGAUCUUCAGGCUAUGGAUCGAGCACACAGAAUUGGACAAACCAAGACUGUUCGAGUAUUUAGGUUUAUCACUGAUAAUACAGUGGAGGAAAGAAUAGUGGAACGAGCAGAGAUGAAACUCAGGUUGGAUUCAAUAGUCAUUCAGCAAGGAAGGCUUGUAGAUCAAAAUCUGAACAAAAUUGGGAAAGAUGAAAUGUUACAGAUGAUUCGGCAUGGUGCGACACAUGUAUUUGCCUCAAAGGAGAGUGAAAUUACUGAUGAAGAUAUUGAUGGUAUUUUGGAAAGAGGUGCAAAGAAGACUGCAGAAAUGAAUGAAAAACUCUCCAAAAUGGGUGAAAGUUCACUAAGGAAUUUCACCAUGGAUACGGAAUCAAGUGUAUAUAACUUUGAAGGUGAAGACUACAGAGAAAAACAAAAGAUGGCAUUCACAGAAUGGAUUGAACCACCUAAGAGAGAAAGAAAAGCCAACUAUGCUGUUGAUGCAUAUUUCAGGGAAGCCCUUCGAGUUAGUGAACCUAAAGCACCUAAGGCUCCCCGACCUCCAAAACAACCCAAUGUUCAGGAUUUCCAGUUCUUCCCUCCACGUUUAUUUGAGUUAUUGGAAAAAGAAAUUUUGUAUUACAGAAAAACAAUUGGGUAUAAGGUACCUCGUAAUCCUGAUCUACCAAAUGCGGCCCAGGCACAAAAAGAAGAACAGCUAAAAAUCGAUGAAGCAGAGCCCCUCAAUGAUGAAGAGCUUGAAGAAAAAGAGAAGCUUCUGACCCAGGGAUUUACCAACUGGAACAAGAGAGACUUCAACCAGUUCAUCAAAGCUAAUGAAAAGUGGGGCCGUGAUGAUAUUGAGAACAUAGCAAGAGAAGUAGAAGGGAAAACACCUGAAGAAGUCAUUGAGUACUCAGCUGUCUUCUGGGAACGGUGCAAUGAACUUCAGGACAUAGAGAAAAUCAUGGCUCAGAUUGAAAGGGGAGAAGCAAGAAUACAGAGAAGAAUUAGUAUCAAAAAAGCACUUGAUACAAAGAUUGGCCGUUACAAAGCACCUUUUCACCAACUGAGAAUAUCAUAUGGUACUAACAAAGGAAAGAACUACACCGAGGAAGAGGAUCGAUUUCUCAUUUGUAUGCUUCACAAACUUGGAUUUGAUAAGGAAAAUGUCUAUGAUGAAUUGCGACAGUGUAUUCGAAACUCUCCUCAGUUCAGAUUUGACUGGUUCCUCAAGUCCAGGACAGCUAUGGAACUUCAGAGGAGGUGUAACACAUUAAUUACUUUGAUUGAAAGAGAAAACAUGGAGUUAGAAGAAAAAGAAAAGGCAGAGAAAAAGAAACGAGGACCAAAGCCUUCGGCACAGAAGCGUAAAAUGGAUGGAGCGCCUGAUGGUCGAGGAAGAAAAAAGAAGCUAAAGCUAUGAAUGCUUAAUUGUUUUGUAAUCACUAAAUUUUAAAAAGUAGUUCUUUAAUUUACGGGUCUUCAUAAGAUGUACUGUACAAUGCUAAACUAUUAUGUCAUUAAGGACAUCGGGUUCAUCUGUUUACUGAACUAGACACAUAGUAUGUAGCUACACUUUUUUAAAAUGCAACAGCUGUGCUGAAAUUUUUUUUACCAUUAACACUUGAAGUAAUAAAAUAGGCUUCAUUUAUUAAUAAAUGCUUCAUUCGAUUUAUUUUUCUACUUUAGCUUUAGUUUGAGAAGAUUGUGAAUGUUUUGUUUUUCAGCUAUAGGUUUCUAAACUAAGACUUUUUUAUAAAACUAGACUUGCUAAGCUAGAAGAGACUAUAACAAAGAAUAUAAUUUGUAUCUUCAGUCUCUACUUAGUUGUCAAGUUAUUUUGAUUGACCUUGAAAUUUGGGUAUCUUCCUACACUGAGUCUUAUUUCGGGACUAUUACAUAAUACAUUAUCCUUACUCACCAUGUGGGUAGGAUGAAACAAAACUUUAGACAUACUAGUUAAUUCUAUGCACAUUUUAUAUAUUGUGUCUCUGCUUCCCAGAAUUGCUUAUUUCUAAAAGCUGAAAUGUGCCCUGCUGUUGGAAAGAUGACCUAUUUUUAGUUCUGUAGCUAGACAAGAUUUGUCUGGUUCACCUUAAAAUUGUUGUUGUAUUUUGUAAAAGGAAAACUAACUUCGGACAAAGAAACUUAUAUUGGGCAAACAUUUUAAAAAAUGACAUGCUAUGACUGCCAUGAUUUGGAAAGUUGAUAUCUUGGUGCCCAGCAUUAGUAAUUUAUUAGAACCAAUCAGAGUAGGGCAUUAACUUGUUAGUGAGACUGUCAAACUUUGGUAAAUUUAGUAGUACAAAAUAAUGCAGACUUUCCAAAUUUCUAGUACUUCAUUCCCAGAGCAAUUGAGAAAUGUCUCAUUGACAUUGAAUAUAAUAUUCCCUGUUAAAAAAAAUAUUCAUAAGCAAAUGUGUGAGAAACAAGAUUGAAUAUAAGUUUAUCUCCUGUUUUUUUUCAUAGACUAGAAAAAGCUAAAGCAGUAGUACCCAAAAUAUGGUGUCAGGACAGUAGGCCUAGAAGCCUUUGUGCUAUAUAUAAUUUGUAUGUUUUAUAUGUGCAAAUUGGGUACAUACACAGUUCUCCAUUUUUCUAGGAGAAUGCAAUAAAUGUAGCAACAUGAAUAAAUAUAAUUUUUAUAAUCUUA